GAUUCCAUACUAGCCUAGCCUAGCUCUGUGAGCACUCGGAGAGAUAUAAGUGCUGCGCUUUCUCCAGCGUGGGCUGCCGCUACAGGAGCGCACAAACUCAGUGGAGCCUGCCGGACGAGACACAGGCGAGGAACCACCUAACUAACCAACUAACUACAGAGCAGGAAAAGGACAGGGACCUGAAACAGUCAAAAUGUCAACCAAAAAGCCGCAGAGCAUGCUCCGGGAAGCCUCUCAUCAAAUCAUUGCCGGUGGAUCCGCUGGUCUGGUGGAGAUCUGCUUGAUGCAUCCCCUCGAUGUGGUGAAGACAAGAUUCCAGAUCCAGAGGGGAACCAGUGACCCCACCAGCUACAAGAGCCUGGGUGAUUGCUUCCGGACCAUCUUCCGCAAUGAAGGCAUCUUUGGCUUCUACAAGGGAAUCCUACCUCCGAUUCUGGCAGAGACACCAAAGAGAGCAGUCAAGUUUUUCACUUUUGAGCAGUACAAGAAGUUGCUGAAUUUGACCCCUUUGUCUCCGGGUUUGGUGCUGUGUGUUGCAGGGCUUGGCUCAGGCUUGACUGAGGCUGUUGUCGUCAAUCCAUUCGAAGUGGUGAAAGUCAGUCUCCAGGCCAACAGAGACUCCUUCAAAGAGCAACCGUCCUCAUUCGCUCAAGCCAGACGCAUCAUUAAGUCUGACGGCUUCGGACUGAAGGGUCUCAAUAAAGGAUUAACAUCAACACUGGGACGCCACGGAGUUUUCAACAUGAUCUACUUUGGUUUCUACUUCAACGUCAAGGAUGCUAUUCCCGUCAACCCGGACCCCACCCUUGAGUUCCUGAGGAAGUUUACUAUUGGUCUGGUCUCUGGGACCAUCUCCUCCUGCGUGAAUAUUCCCUUUGACGUAGCCAAGAGCCGCAUCCAAGGCCCCCAGCCAGUGCCAGGAGAGAUCAAGUACCGCACCUGCUUCCAGACCAUGGCACUGGUGUACCGGGAGGAGGGAUAUUUGGCUCUAUACAAGGGACUGGUGCCCAAGAUAAUGAGGCUUGGACCAGGUGGAGCAGUGAUGUUGCUGGUCUAUGAAUACGUGUCUGGAUGGCUACAGAGGAACUGGUAACAAAAAAAAAAAAAAAAAAAAGGAAAGCCAUGGCUCAGUGUUAAUAUCGUUACCUGACCCUGACUCCAGUAACGUCAGACCAAAUUAGUUUUCCUUGUUAGUGUGCUGUGAAUGCACAGUACUGUUCUUCAAAAUACCAAAUCAACAUUUAUGUGUAUCUUAGAAAGUAGCUGUCUGAGGAAAAAAACCCACAUCUUCAUCCAAGUCAGUUUCUCAGGAAUUAAAAACAGCUGUAAUAUUUGAAAACCGACAGUAACAUUUCUAUAUCAAAAAUACAUUUCUAUACAUAAAAAUAAAUAGAUCACAAAACAUUGGAUCAAUAGAUUUUAAAGGCCCUGAAAACCUGUUUUCUUAAUUAGCUACUUGCUAUGUGUAAUGGGGUUAUACAUGUGUACAGUAUUCUCUUACAAAAUAUUUUGUGUUUUUGUUGGGGGGGGUGAUCAUUUGAGGAGAUAAAAAAAGGUCACAUACUUGUGUGAACCAAUCAGAGGUAAGCAAUAUUUGAAUCAAAAUCUGGUUACAGUUGAGAAGCUGUUUGCUUAUGUUGUCGUCAGUAGUGUCAGUCCUAUCAGAUCAAACCACACCUACACGGUCCUGAUACAGCAGAUUAUGUGAGUUUUUGAGAAUAAAACUCAUAACAAUAACGAAUGAUGAACUUUAACUCUAAGUUUUGCUUAUUUAGUCAUGAAUGCUUAAUUUUGUAGAGAAAUACUUUAUAUUUGAAAUGUAGUUUUUAGGGGCUUUCAAAUGAAAUUAAGCUCCAAGGACGGAGUGAAGUCAUGUUAAAAAAACAAAACUCUAGACCCUCUAUAGAGGACUUGACUAUAUAUCAUCAUUAUAUCACUGCACACUACAUGUUAUUUGACAAAACUUGAACGCGAACUGAGUUCAGCUGAGCCUCUUGGACCAACCUGAUCAGAGCUCUGCUGGACACAGUGGAUCGCCCAUCUCCAUCAAAUUUAACUCGUAUCUUAAACUAAUCUGCUCAUUAAGGAGCAGUUUUUGUCAGCCACAGUGCACACACUCACUACAGCCGUGGAGUGACACACACAUGUCCAUACGAACACACAAGCACUGUCUGUACGUACACAUCUUCGUAUAUAUCACUCAUGCAAACUUCAAACAAACCAAAUAGUCACAGUAGUGCCUAAUAAUAACAAGAUUUGGUGUGUAUAUGUGUAUAUGUUUUUAUACACUAAUGUUGAGGCCUGUUGCAGAAAUUUUUGUAUGAGUAAUAUAUUUAUGUGCCUUCUAUAAAUUGGACUCGAUGAAAUCUUUAUUUCUCAAGCUUGUAAUGGUAAGAAAUUGUGUUAAUUUGACUUUUUAAGAUAUUAGAACUUGUGGAAAGUUACUUGCGUGUAUCGGUAACAAAUAAAAAGGAAUAAAAGUAAA